AUGCCACCAAGAGAAGAGGAGAGGACGCAGCUUCACCGACUAGGCGAAAGUAGCAUUCCAGCAUCGUUAGAGGAACUACCCUAUGGUAUUGCCGCCGCUACCUCCGCCCUGUUGUGUACUGCCUUGCCGCCGCCGUUGUCAUCUGCCUUGACUGACAAAGUUCGCCGUUUUCAUGGUGCCAUGGAGGACGUCGUCGCCGCUGGAGAAGAGGAAGUCCGGCGAGAGGUGAAGUCCGUCUCGAACCCGUCGGAGGCGAAGAGGAUAUUAAUAUACACUAAUAAUUAUGCAAAAUCUCUGAUUUCUCCAUUAAUGGAGAUCCAGCCUCGCCAACGAGAUCCAUAG